AGAGUAGACAACUCCACGGUUUAGCAAUGAAGAUGGAUCUGCUACAAGAUGAAAGCAGCCUCUGCAAAGUCAUGAUGCUCUAUUUAUUAGAGGGACGAUCGCUGCAGUCAAUAGAGUGUAUAUUCAGAUCUUCCAAAACGAAAGGAAGACUGAUAUAUAACACCAUGAUCUCGGUUUAUGGGAACAUUUUGCUGAGGAUGCACACGGGCUGUUUUUGGAGAUGGUCAACAACGGAAUUCGUCCCAACGGUCACACCUUCAGGUAUCUCCUAGAAGCAUGGACCGUAGCGUGCAAACCACAGAGGGCUCUCCAAGUCUUUCAUUCCAUGAAGCUGCACGGAGUUGAGGGUGAAUCGUUUCACUACGGGGCGAUUGUUGACUCUUUUGCAAGGAUGAGGACUCCAGAAUACAUCCACAUGGCGAUAUGCUUUCUAAAGCAACAUCCCAUUGCACAUGGCCAAUAUGCCUUCAAUGCAAUUUUGAGCCGAUGUGUCCCUGAGAUGAAACCUUCUGAAGAAGACAUAGAAUUGAAAGAGAUCAUCAAGGAGAACAUUUCACUUGCUCAGGAGAUGGUAAUCUACUUUCAUGAGAAAGGCUUCAGAUAUGAAGUUCUUGAGAAGACUCAUUGGAGGUUAAAGAAGAGUGGCUUGAACUGGCCUAGAACCGUGAGGUACUGAUUGGUGUAGAAGGCAGGAGGGAUGCAGAGGCUUGAGUAAUUGGCCGUUUCUAAGUUCAACGCUUUUAUAAUUUUGUCUUAGUCUUCCUCUUUGAAUAGAACUCUUAACUAUUUCCUUUACUAUGGGUUAAACGUUACAGUUUGCUUUCCUUUUUUCAUUACCUAAUUCCUUACUUUGUG